AUGAACAGAAAAAUUACAGGUCAUAGCGAUCUACUACCAAACAGGAAGCCAGGUGAUCCAAAAUUUGUCGAUCAUCCAAUUCCUGACAAGAAAGGUCGCAGAAUAUUUGAUGUAACAAUGUUCAGUGGUGAGGCUGCUAUGCUAUAUACUCGGCUUUGGAGAUACUAUGAUUACGUUGAUCAAUUUGUUAUUGGAAUUUUGCCCAGAACAUUUACCAACAUACCCACCAAUUAUUCAUUUUGGCCAUUUGAAGAAGAACUAAAGCAGUUUAUGGAUAAAGUCCUAAUCAUAAGAGAAAUCCCAGAAGACCGAAUUUACAAAAAUUUAGAUUCACAUAAAUCAUUUUCAUACGAGCAUUCAUGGCGUGUAUACUUUCUUGAGGUUAUCCGUCAAAAAUUUCAUCCAAAAAACGGAGAUUUAAUAUUUGCUUCUGAUUUAGAUGAAAUUAUUACUCGUGAAGGUAUAGAGUAUUUGAUAAAUCACUGGCCUACACAACAGAUACACCCUUUAACGCGUCAUUCCCAGCCUAACUUCUUGUACGAUCAAGGAGAUUGGUGUUGUCCAGUAAUAUUUCCAUAUUCCGAUAAUAUGCCUGACUUACUUACUCUUAGGAAGCGUGUGCACAUAACUCCUAUUACACGUGAAGUCGUUGCAACACAUUGUAGUUGGUGUUUUACCCAUUUGGAGAAUUAUACUCGUAAGAAGAAUGCUUACUCGCACCAAGAGAAAAACUUUUGGCCUAAGAAUGAUGAUUCUUAUACAUUUAGAUACCAUUGGUGUCGAUUCUGGGAUGAUUGGAAAAUGAAUUUUAUUAAACCUGGCCUUGCUCAUACAGGAACAACAUUAAAGAAUUUAUUACCAGAUCAUCCCCAUCUUAAGUAUCUCACAUCCCCAUAUUACAUGUUAGAUAUUACAAAGACGAUUUGGGAAUAUGAAGAUUUGGAUACAAUGUGUACAUCUAACUUCCCGUCUAGAGAAGAGUGGGAGAAAAAGGCUAAAGCAAAAGGAAUUUAUGUUAUUAGGACUCCUUUGCCAGUAACAGAAGAGGCUAUUUUCAAAAAAAAUUGA